GUGAUUGUCAAAUGUCAAUCCGAGAUGAUUCUGACGUGUCUAGGUGUAUAAUAAAUACAAAUGUUUUUUUAGAAAAUGUAAAAUAAUUAUACUUUAUAUAGUGUUAUACGUAAUAUUAUUAUAUAUAAAAUGUCUUCGUCAGCGAUUUACAUUUUGGAUAUCAAAGGAAAAGUCCUAAUUUCUCGAAAUUACAGGGGAGAUACGGAUCUAGGAGUAAUUGAGAAAUUUAUGCCUUUGCUGAUGGAAAAAGAAGAAGAAGGUUUACUUACUCCCAUUCUACAAACGAAUGAUAGUACUUUCGCGUACAUCAAAACUAACAAUUUGUAUAUUGUAAGCACGACGAAGAAAAACGCCAAUAUAGCCUUGGUAUUUGUAUUUUUACAUAAAAUUGUCCAAGUAAUGACCGAGUACUUUAAAGAACUCGAAGAAGAGAGUAUUAGAGAUAAUUUUGUUGUUAUUUAUGAAUUGUUAGAUGAGCUAAUCGAUUUUGGUUAUCCUCAAACCACCGAUAGCAAAAUUUUACAAGAAUAUAUAACUCAAGAGGGUCAUAAAUUAGAAAUUCAGCCGCGUAUUCCGGUGGCCGUAACUAAUGCAGUUUCAUGGAGAUCAGAAGGUAUUAAGUAUCGAAAAAACGAGGUUUUUCUUGAUGUGAUUGAAUCGGUAAAUCUUUUGGCAAAUGCUAAUGGCAAUGUGCUAAGAAGUGAAAUUGUAGGUGCCAUAAAAAUGAGAGUAUACUUAUCAGGAAUGCCUGAAUUAAGAUUAGGUCUUAACGACAAAGUAUUAUUUGAAAGCACUGGCCGAGGCAAAUCAAAGUCUGUCGAACUGGAAGAUGUAAAAUUUCAUCAGUGUGUAAGACUAUCUCGUUUUGAAAUUGACCGGACAAUAUCUUUUAUUCCACCCGAUGGGGAGUUUGAGCUCAUGUCUUAUAGACUCAACACUCACGUUAAACCUUUAAUUUGGAUUGAAUCAGUUAUAGAGAGACACGCUCAUAGUCGUGUAGAAUAUAUGAUUAAAGCUAAAUCUCAGUUUAAAAGAAGGUCUACUGCCAAUAACGUUGAAAUAGUUAUUCCAGUUCCUCAUGAUGCCGAUUCGCCAAAAUUCAAAACCACAAUUGGAAGUGUAAAAUAUGCUCCUGAACAAAAUGCUAUUACAUGGACUAUUAAGUCAUUCCCUGGAGGUAAGGAAUAUCUAAUGAGAGCUCAUUUUGGUCUACCCAGUGUUGAAUGUGAAGAUACAGAAGGUAAACCACCGAUUCAAGUUAAAUUUGAAAUUCCUUACUUCACCACAUCUGGUAUUCAAGUGCGUUACUUAAAAAUCAUUGAAAAAAGUGGUUAUCAAGCUUUACCUUGGGUCAGAUAUAUCACACAAAACGGCGACUAUCAACUUCGUACUAAUUAAUAUUUAGUUAUAUAAUUUAUCUGCUUUGUUAGCUAUUAUAACACUAAGUAAUAUAGUUUAUCGACUUAAU